AUGGAGGCUUCUUCUUCUUUGAAAUGGAGCUCUGAAAAUGGGUUUCAACCUCAUGUUCUUGCUGUUGAUGAUAAUCUUGUUGAUCGUAAACUUGUUGAAAAGUUGCUCAAAAACUCCUCUUGUAAAGUAACAACGGCAGAAAAUGGUCUUAGUGCUUUGGAGUUUUUAGGUUUGUUGGAUGAACAUAAUCAACACAGCAACUUAGAAUCCUCCAAUAGGUCAAAGGUAAAUAUGAUCAUCACAGAUUAUUGCAUGCCAGGAAUGACUGGAUAUGAACUUCUCAAGAAAAUCAAGAGAUCUUCGAUGCUGAAGGAAGUUCCUGUGGUGAUUGUAUCCUCGGAAAACGUGCCCAAUCGAAUCAACAAGUGUUUGGAGGAAGGAGCAGAGAUGUUCAUGUUGAAACCUUUGAAACAAUCUGAUGUGGUGAAACUCAAGUGUCAGUUGAUGAAUUGAGAAAAUUUUAAAAAUUCCAUUUUUCUAAAUUAUUAUUAUUAUUAUUAUUAUGUUUCUUUUUUGGAUGAAACAUUUGAAAAGCCUUCUUGAUGUUAUGCAAGUUUUGUGGAAGGUU